CCAGCUGUUCCUUAUUGCGAGACUCUGUAGUCUGUUCUCUUCUCUUCGAGAGAGAGAGAGAGAGAGAGAGAGAGACAGACAAAGUGCCACAGCUCUCUUCUUAGUUCUUUCCCUUUCCCUCCUCCUCCUCAUUUUCCAAACCCUUAUUACUUAUUAAAUCUCGUUCAUCUGGACGGUGCUUGUCCUGAUUGGGCUGAUCUGGAGAUUCUGAGACGUCCGAUCUGAAAAAAGGUUUCGAUUCUCUCGCAUCUGGAUCAUACCGAAUCCUAUUGUGUUAAUUGUUGGAACGCGUGAUUCAAAUGACGGCUGAAACCGAAGUUCUUAGGGAGCUUUCUGAGGUUUCUUUGAAUGGUGAAAUUGAGGAGACGCGUGGGUUGGAUAAGAGUUUUUAUCAGGAUCUGCCCAAAGCCGAUGGUUCAGGUUGCAAUGGGAUCAAGCAUGUUGAUGAGGACGACCACGAUGCCGAUGAAAGCGGGAGGGAUGAUCCGGACAAUUCGUAUGUUUUUGUGAACGAGAACGGCCACGCAAGUGAUGAUCCAAAUGAAUUGGAUCUAAAUGCAGAAUCCAACGUUGUCACCAAAUCGAAGGCUAUAGAGGUCCAAGUUGGGGAAUUGAAUGUUGAUGAUGCGCAAAUUGUUCCGUCCUCUGCAGAGCAGAACAACUGCAUUGUUGAUUUGACUGAUGUCACCCAAUUAACCGAUGAUGUUUCCCCAGAAAGCUUGGAAGGAAAAGUCGACAAGGAUGGGGUUGAAGUUGUGAGCACUAAUAGGGUGGAGGAACCAAGUGCCACAGUGGGAUUUGAACCGGAGCAGGGUGCUGGUGAGGUGAACAUUGAGGGUCGACUUGCGUUGGAGUCCGCUCCUGACCCUGAAGAGACUCAAGAAUCUGAAGCUAAUGUUUCGAAUUCAGCCGAGGACUUGGGAGAGAGUCGGAAAUUUAAAAUAUUGUCAUCAGUUGCUGAUGGUUCCAGUGAUAUAAAGGUGGAGUAUGAGAAGCAAAUUAAUGUAGGAUCGAUUGAAGAAUUAGGAGAGGGGAAAGAAUUUCAAAUGGAAGUUUUUGAGGCUCCUGAAUAUGAAACACCAGAGGUUAAGGUUGGGGAGGUCAAGUCUGAGGUGACAACUAAGUUAGAGUUAGCUAUAGAACCUGAAAAUAUUAUGGAAUCUGAAAUCACAUUUGCAACCCCUGCUGAGUACGUGUCCUGUCAGCUUGUUAAUGGAGACGGGAGAGUUGAGGAGGAAAUCAUCAGGGAUUUGGAUAUACUCUUAAAGCAAAAACAGAAAUCUCAGGUUUUGGUCACUAAUGAUAUCCAAGCUGAUUUGGAUCAGGGUCGUGAAGCAACGGAAUUAGCCAAUGAGAUUGAUUCACCUUUGGAAACCGAAGGUGAAUCAGUCUUAGAUGAAAACAAAGGUAACUUGCCUACAUCUUGUGUCGAAGGUUGCAUUUCACAAACUGAAAAACAUAACGAAGCCAGAAGUUUGCCUUCUCCCACUGACUAUGGUCAAAAAGCCCCUGAACCAAAUGGGUCUUCUGAAAAACAUGAAAGCUUGUCUUCUCCCACUGUCUGUGUGAAACCAGAAGUUAAUAAUGGGAGUGUGCCAAUUGAAAUUGGUGACAUUCUUCUGGCUGAUUCUGAGGAUGGUACAACAGGAGACCAAGAAGUCAGAUGCAGGAAUUUUCUGGUUAUGGAAGACUUGCCAUCCAGUGGUGCCAACGUUACUGAGCCUGAAACCCAAGUUGAAAAUUCUGAUAUUAAAAACUGUGAGAGUGUCAUCUCUUGUGCUGAGGAUGCACAGUCAGAAAUUUUAAUGGAGAAUGGCAACGGCCCUGUUGAAGGUGAGAGCAUUUUAAGUUGUCCUGAUAAUGAUGUGCUCCUACAAUCUGAGGCUGCUUCUGUUGAACAUGAAAAAAAUAUACCUACUUUUCCUGGUGAGUAUAGGCAUAUGGAAUCGCUAGUUUCGAAUGGGGACAUUGAACAUGCCCACAGGCAGUCUAUUUCAGCAAACAAUUUGGAGCCAGAAUGUCAUGUUUCUGAUUCAGUCCAAAACGGAAGUAGUGCUGAUGUGAAGUCAGGCUCCACAGUUGAAAAUUUUUCUGUCAUAAGCGGUAGAGAUAUGCCUAGCAACAUUGCAGUUGUAUCUGGAUCUGAGGUUCUGGAUGGCCCUGUUGUUAACAGUGCAGAUGCCCUAAAUACUGCCCCGGUGAGUGUCAGUGUUGGAAAUGGGGAAGAUCAAUCUAAUGGUGAAAGUGAAGGUGGUGAUGGCAAACUAAAAUGUGUAGAAACCAUGGAUAGUGAAGCAAUUCACAGGGAUGGGACAUCAACUUCUUUGCCAGAGGGUUCCAGUGCUGAUGAUAUGCAUGGACAGAAUGGGGGCGCAGAAGCUACAACACGGCCAUUCCGUUUCUUGAUAAGAAUUCCAAGAUUUGAUGAUGGAAAUCUUAGGGAACAGAUCAGACAAGCUCAGCUUCAAGUUGAUGAGAAGACAAAGUGCAGGGAUGCUAUUCGAGUUGAAAUCCAGAAGAAAAAGGCCAAUUGUCAAGUCCAUGGUGAUGAGUAUGACGCUGCCAAUGCAGAAGUGAAAGCUUCACGAAAAUUGGUGAAGGCAAAGCGCCAAGAAAUAGAUUCAGUACAAUCUAUGAUCAACAGAGUGAAGAAUGCCAUUUCUGUUGAAGAUAUUGAUGCCCGGAUAAACAAUGUGGAACACAUGAUAGAACAUGAAACCCUGCCUUUAAAAGAAGAAAAGCAAUUCAUUCGUGAAAUUAAGCAAUUGAGGCAUCUUCGUGGGCAAUUGUCUUCUAAUAUGGGGAGCCGAGAUGAAGUUCAGCAGGCGUUGCAACAGAAAGACCAAGUCGAAGAACGUUUGAAGAUUCUGAGGAAAGAGCUGGAUUGCCUUAAAGACAAGGUUUCAAAAGCUGAAGCAGCUGCUGUAGUAGGGGGGAAGAAAUAUGAAGAUGAAAGUAAGAGGCUAAAGGAAUUGCAAGCUCAGUUUAGGGCUGCCGAUGAUAUUCGUCAACAAGCAUACUCGCAUUUCUCGAGUUUGAGGGUACAAUUGCUUGAGAAGAACCAACAUUUUCGAAUGUACAAGGAUGAUUCAAUGGCUGCCAGUCGAUAUGGAUCAACUGGAGAUAGCAAGGCACUUCAUCGUAAAUGUGUCAAUCAGGUGGAAUCACUAAUGCAACUAUGGAAUAAGAAUGAUGAGUUCCGCAAAGAAUAUGUUAGAUUUAACACAAGGAGCACACUGAGAAGAUUGGGGACAUUGGAUAGCCGUGCACUUGGCCCUGAUGAGGAGCCCCCUCUGGUACCCAGUUAUGCGGAUGAAAGAGUUGAUAGGUUGGCUUCUAGCCCUGUCAAGGCCAACCCUUUGUCUCCAACUCUGACUCUGGAGCAAGAGAAACAAGUGUCACCUGUUGAAGGUGAAGUAGCAGAUGGUAAAUCCAUCGCGAAGGUAGCAGAGUAUAACAAUCAUAUGGAGAAAACUAAAAAAUCUGUGAAACCUAUUUUGGCGAGUGGGUCAGCAACGUUUUCUGGCAGGGAUGAUACUGAAGAGACAAAGGAGGAAGAACAUAUGCAAACAAAGGAGGAACUGGAGUUGGCAAGGAAGGCAGAGGACUUGAGGAAGGAAGAGGCUGCGGCCAAGUUGAAAGAGCAAUGCCGGUUGGAGGAGAAGGCCAAGGCCAAAGAGGCACUAGAGAGGAAAAAACGAAAUGCAGAGAAAGCGCAGAUUAGGGCAGACGUACGAGCGCAGAAGGAAGCUGAACAGAAGGAGAAGGAGAGGGAGAAGAAGUUGAGGAAGAAGGAAAGAAAGAAGGCUGCUGCAGCAGAGGCCCAUGAUGGCAUCACUGAUGGGGAAAUUGCUCCAACCUCAGAAACACUGACUAGAACAUUUAAGGUGGUUGAAAUUAAGGAUACUCAUUCUGCGACAACUAAAAGACCUUCAAGACCAUCACAGUUCACAAAGCAGAGCAAGACAAAAUCUAUUCCCCCACCUCUGCGCAACAGAGGCAAGAGCAAACUGCAGCAGUGGGGGUGGGUAAUUCUUGCAGCCUUGGUUCUUAUUAUUUUAUUCUUUGUGGGGAACAUUGGCUUCUAUUCCACCCUUAAGUUGCGACGCGGCCAGUUCUAAAUGCUUUUGCUAGUUAGCUUGGCAAUCAGUGGAGGUUUGGUGGUUUAUUUCACAGAACUAGGCAAUUGUGUCUUUUGGUCUCUACUCGGGAUUUAUUUUUUCCCUUAGUCUGAAUUCAGUUACUACAAUUGGCUUUUAUUAUUUCACACAGGGUUGAUAUAGUGGCUUUCUUACAUGCUAUAUGAUUAUGAAAAACAGAAACAAAACAUUUUUGUUAUUGCUUGCAACCAUUAAUUAAAAUAAGUGCAUCCAUUC